UAUAAAUUAAACAAACCAAAAACAUUCAAUGCAGAGAGAUAGAGAGAGAGAGAGAAUAACAAAUUUUUUUGUUUUAUUGUUGUAACUCUCUUUCUCUUUCCGUCGGUCAAUUAGAUUGGAUCCAAAUUUCGGUUAUUAAGUUCUCUUUCUCAAUCACAAUUCAUUUCUUGCUUGCAACUUAAUUCUAUCUAUUUCUCUCACUUUUCUGCUUGGAGUGAUUCAUCUACUUAGAUCUCUUUUUUUUGAGAUCUGAGAUUUGAUUUAUUUAUUAAAAAGAAGGAGUUGUUGCUUCUGAAGUGGAUUAGGAAUAUUUGAAAGUGGUGAAGUGUUUGAAGUGAUGUGUGUGACUUGUUGAGUUUGGAUUACUAUUUGAUUCCUUAAUUGGAUCUGGGAGGAAAUUGAGGAGGAGACUAUGAUGGACUCAGAAGGGGAAUCUGGGGAUAAGGCAAUGAAGGUGAUGGGUAGCCAAGUCUGCCAGAUAUGUGGUGAUAAUAUUGGUAGCAAUGUUGAAGGCAGUCCGUUCAUUGCUUGUGGUGUUUGUGCCUUCCCAGUUUGUAGGGCGUGCUAUGAGUAUGAAAGGAAAGAUGGGAAUCAGUCUUGCCCCCAGUGCAAGACUCGGUACAGUAAGCACAAAGGUAGUCCUGCAAUUCUUGGAGAUCGGGAAGAGGAUGGUGGUGCUGAUAAUGAUGCCAAUGACUUCAAGUACAAUUCAGAACCUCAGACCCAAAAGCAAAAGAUUGCAGAACGCAUGUUGAGCUGGCAAAUGGCGUAUGGGCGAGGUGAGGAGGUCGAUGCUCCAAAUUAUGAUAAGGAAGUUUCUCACAAUCACGUUCCUCGGCUAACUGGUGGACAAGAGACAUCUGGAGAACUAUCUGCAGCCUCACCAGAGAGGAUGUCAAUGGCAUCUCCUGGAAAUAUUCGUGGGAAACGAGUUCAUAAUCAUCUAUCAUAUUCGUCUGAUCUUAAUCAAUCACCAAAUAUCAGGGUUAUUGAACCAGGAUUGGGAAAUGUGGCAUGGAAAGAAAGAGUUGAUGGCUGGAAAAUGAAGCACGAUAAUAAGAACACUAUUCCAAUGAGCACAGGUCAAGCUACAUCUGAAAGAGGACUCGGAGAUAUUGAUGCCAGUACUGAUGUGCUUUUUGAUGAUUCCUUGUUGAAUGAUGAAGCUCGGCAACCUCUUUCGAGGAAGGUUUCUAUUCCAUCUUCCAGAAUAAAUCCAUACCGUAUGGUUAUUGUUCUGCGGCUUAUUAUCCUCUGCAUUUUCUUGCACUACCGAAUUACAAAUCCUGUACCCAAUGCGUAUGCAUUGUGGUUAAUAUCAGUUAUAUGUGAAAUUUGGUUUGCCUUUUCUUGGAUAUUGGAUCAGUUCCCCAAAUGGCUUCCUGUGAACCGUGAAACAUAUCUUGACAGGCUUUCAUUAAGAUAUGAUCAGGAAGGGGAAAUAUCGCAGCUAGCAGCAGUUGACAUUUUUGUCAGUACUGUUGACCCGUUAAAGGAACCCCCAAUUGUGACAGCCAAUACUGUACUAUCAAUUCUUUCUGUUGACUACCCAGUGGAUAAGGUCUCCUGUUAUGUCUCUGAUGAUGGUGCUGCUAUGUUGACAUUUGAGGCUCUUGCCGAGACAUCAGAAUUUGCUAGGAAAUGGGUUCCUUUCAGUAAGAAAUAUGCCAUUGAACCGCGAGCACCUGAGUGGUACUUUUCAAAGAAAAUUGACUAUUUGAAAGAUAAGGUCCAACCAUCGUUUGUCAAAGAUCGUAGAGCAAUGAAGAGAGAAUAUGAAGAAUUCAAAAUUCGAAUCAAUGGACUUGUUGCAAAAGCAACGAAAGUUCCUGAAGAAGGAUGGGUGAUGCAAGAUGGUACCCCUUGGCCUGGAAACAACACCAGAGACCAUCCAGGAAUGAUCCAGGUUUUCUUGGGCCAAAGUGGAGGACUUGAUACUGAGGGUAAUGAACUUCCACGUUUAGUCUAUGUUUCUCGUGAAAAGCGUCCCGGGUUCCAACAUCACAAGAAGGCUGGUGCCAUGAAUGCACUUGUUCGAGUAUCAGCUGUCCUUACUAAUGGACCUUUCUUAUUGAAUCUUGAUUGUGAUCAUUACAUAAACAACAGCAAGGCCUUGAGGGAAGCUAUGUGUUUUAUGAUGGAUCCCAACCUUGGAAAAAAUGUUUGCUAUGUUCAAUUUCCACAGAGGUUUGAUGGUAUUGAUAGAAAUGAUCGAUAUGCCAAUCGUAAUACCGUUUUCUUUGAUAUUAACUUGCGAGGAUUGGAUGGUAUUCAAGGCCCUGUUUAUGUGGGUACAGGAUGUGUCUUCAAUAGAACUGCUUUAUAUGGUUAUGAUCCUCCUAUUAAACCCAAGCAUAAAAAACCUGGACUUAUUUCUUCACUUUGUGGUGGAGAUCGAAAGGGCUCAAAAUCUGGCAAGAAAGGCUCAAAAAAGAAAUCUAGCAAGCAUGUUGAUCCAACUGUGCCCAUCUUUAGUCUAGAGGAUAUAGAAGAAGGGGUGGAAGGUGCUGGAUUUGAUGACGAGAAAUCCCUACUCAUGUCACAAAUGAGCCUCGAGAAAAGGUUUGGCCAGUCUGCUGUUUUUGUUGCAUCUACACUUAUGGAAAAUGGCGGCGUUCCUCAGUCUGCAACUCCAGAAACUCUCCUUAAGGAGGCAAUUCAUGUUAUCAGUUGUGGUUACGAAGAUAAAUCAGAAUGGGGAACUGAGAUUGGAUGGAUCUAUGGUUCCGUCACAGAAGAUAUUCUUACUGGAUUUAAGAUGCAUGCCCGCGGUUGGAGGUCUAUAUACUGCAUGCCCAAGCUUGCAGCAUUUAAAGGUUCAGCUCCCAUCAAUCUUUCUGAUCGUUUGAACCAAGUGCUUCGGUGGGCUUUAGGUUCCGUCGAAAUUCUACUAAGUCGACAUUGUCCCAUCUGGUAUGGUUAUAGUGGAAGACUAAAGUGGCUCGAGAGGUUCGCCUAUAUAAACACCACAAUCUAUCCAAUCACUUCCAUUCCCCUCCUCAUGUAUUGUACCUUGCCCGCCGUCUGUCUCUUGACUAACAAGUUCAUUAUUCCACAGAUUAGUAACAUUGCGAGUAUAUGGUUUAUAUCUCUCUUUCUUUCCAUCUUUGCAACCGGUAUCCUAGAGAUGAGGUGGAGUGGUGUUGGAAUUGACGAAUGGUGGAGAAAUGAACAAUUUUGGGUUAUUGGUGGUGUUUCAGCUCAUCUUUUUGCUGUGUUCCAAGGUUUACUCAAAGUACUUGCUGGAAUUGACACAAACUUCACUGUUACCUCAAAAGCAUCUGACGAAGACGGAGACUCUGCAGAACUAUACAUGUUUAAAUGGACAACACUUCUCAUUCCACCAACCACUCUUCUUAUUAUUAACCUUGUCGGAGUCGUUGCUGGAAUCUCCUACGCCGUUAACAGUGGCUACCAAUCAUGGGGACCACUCUUCGGUAAACUUUUCUUUGCAUUUUGGGUGAUCAUCCAUUUAUAUCCUUUCCUUAAAGGUCUUAUGGGACGCCAGAACCGAACGCCAACCAUCGUGGUUGUUUGGUCCAUUCUUCUUGCAUCCAUCUUUUCGCUUCUAUGGGUUCGAGUCGACCCUUUUACAACACGAGUCACCGGUCCUGAUUCUCAGAUGUGUGGAAUCAACUGCUAGAGAAAAUAAAAGUUGGCAGAUUGAAUAACUUGUCAGUUGCCAAUUGCCACUCCACUGUUGUGAUUGUAUUGCAAUUCUUUUGUUUACAGGUUACAGUUAUUUUUCUUUUUUAUAUUUAUUUGUUCAUGCAUGUUGUUUAAAUUAUGUGCAGUUGUUGGACUAUACAGAAGAUAACAAAUUAGAAUCAAGUUAUUUUUGAGGGUGUUAUUAUUUUAUUUUUUUUUGGGUCUGUAAGGGUGUUAUUUUUUGUAUAAUUAUUAUUUUGAACACACCUCCUAUUUUUUGGGAGAAGCUAUUUAUUGUUGUUAAACUAUUUAUCAGAAGAGCACACAUGUAUACAAGUUUAUGUUAUCAUACAUAUUUUCUUCAUA